CCUCCCCCGGCAGCUGCGAGGAGGGGAUCCGGGCGGCGGCCGCCGUCGUCUGCUGCCUGCGAGGACGUCCAGCCGCGGGAUCGGGGCCCGGGGAAGGGCGCUCCCGGCCUCUGUUCCUGAUGAAAGACACUUUCCAAGGAUGGACUACAUAAGCGAGAACUACCCAGUCCCCUGUGGGCACGACAAGUACAUUUCAAAAAAUGAGCUGUUGUUGCACUUGAAGACAUACAACAUCUACUACGAAGGCCAGAACUUGCAGCUCCGGCAUCGAGAGGAAGAAGGGGAGUUCAUCGUGGAAGGCUUGCUGAAUAUCUCCUGGGGGCUGCGCAGGCCCAUCCGCUUGCAGAUGCAGGACGACAACCAGCGCAUCCGCCCCCCGCCUUCGUCCUCCUCCUGGCAUUCCGGCUGCAACCUGGGAGCACACGGGUCAGUCAUAAAGCCGUCAACCUUACCAGACAUCCAGGUCACGGAGGCCGAGCCCUCGUCAGAUGGAGACGGAAUUGAUGGGGGAAUUGAUGACAACGAUCUCAAAGCCCAGCAGGAAGAAGCGCCGCAACUGAUGCGGACACGGAGCGAUGUGGGCAUGCGCCGCAGGGGGACUCUCCGCACCCCGAGUGAGCAGCGGAGGAUCAGGCGGCACCGCUUCUCCAUCAACGGGCAUUUCUACAACCACAAAACAUCGGUUUUCACGCCUGCCUACGGCUCCAUCACGAAUGUCCGCAUCAACAGCACCAUGACGACACCUCAAGUUCUCAAGCUUCUGCUUAACAAGUUCAAGAUUGAGAACUCGGCAGAGGAAUUCGCCUUGUACAUUGUUCACACCAGUGGAGAAAAGCAGAAGUUAAAGGUGACAGAUUACCCACUGAUCGCUCGGAUUCUGCAGGGACCCUGCGAACAAAUUUCCAAGUUGUUCUUGAUGGAAAAGGACCAGGUGGAGGAAGUCACUUACGAUGUUGCUCAAUAUAUCAAGUUUGAAAUGCCUGUCCUGACAAGCUUCAUUCAGAAACUCAAAGAGGAAGAAGAUCGUGAAGUCAAGAAGCUUAAACACAAGUAUUCUGUCCUGCGUGUCAUGAUUGAGCAACGAUUAGAAGAGAUCUCCGAUGGCCCGGCCACAAUGUGAAGCCUUUGCCCUCGGGUGGACUUUGCUGCCAGAAGAGCCACGUCUUGGAGAAGAUUUGUUUGCAAGAAGAACGUGCUGCGACGAGCAGAGGCGGCUCUUCCUCUCUGGAGCAGAACUUGAGCACAGAACCCACCUUGACUAACUGUCUUUCCUUUCCUCCAAGCUUUCCUGGAGGCGAUCUCAGCGAAGCCUCUCUCUUUAGCGGCAGGAGACCUUUUGAGCACUCCUUGCCGGGGACAAACAAGGAAGCCACCGAAGCCUUUGCCCUCUUGGCCAGCCUGGACCCAGUGGACCUUCUUGCCUCUCCAGCCGGGCGAUUCUGAGGUUCUCACAGAGCCUUUUCUGUUGGCUGAAGCUUUCUGUUGGAGGCAUCCCCUUUGCAUGCCACCAAAACACCGCUUUAACCUUCCACUCAAAUUCUGGCUUUGCGGUGGCAAGUCAGGGCCAGAGGAGGAAGUCUCCUCCCUUUUUUCUUUUUUGGUCAUUUCUGAGCUCUAAGUAAAAUAUUAAGAUUUUCUUUGCCCCCCCCCCAUUGGGAGGGCCUAGUCUUAGUCCUACCUGCCCUUUCUCAUCCACCCAGCCACCCAUUUAUGUCCUUCCUGGAGUCCCUCUUCUUCCUGGUUCCACAGGGCCUUUGAGAUGGGGGGAGGAGGCCAGGUUUUCAUCUUGGCCCAGGUAAGGUGCGCCCAAAACUGGGUUGGGUUUGCCUGUGGCUGAGGAAGUCAGCACACAACUACCUUCCCUGCACGGUGCCAAGGUGGGGGCAGCUGGGCUCAGGCUGCCCCUUGGAUGCCCUGGAGACAAGGGGGCACCGUAGACCCAGCUUCAUCUCCUCCGCAGCAUCACUAUUUGGAGACUCUUUGGCUGAGCUGUUUGAAUGGGCUGGUGGCCGAGCUAUGCAGGCCAACAGUGCAAAUUCCCUUUGAUAAACCAUUUUUUUAAGCGUGGCUGCUAACCCUGUGUUGGCCUUGCUAUAUAUAUAGCAAUGGUGCAAAGUACAGCGGCCCUUGCAAAUGAUUUUAAAAUGCCCGGCUUACUCUCCCACCCAAUCGUAAAUAGACCCAAGAGCAAGUCGUGUAGGGCCUUGACGCAGAUCUUGGGCCUCCUAUUUAAAUCCUAAAUGCAUUUGUUCUCCUUCCCCUCCACCCCUUGCAACUGUAGACGUGCCAUUUUCAAGAACCUCUCCCAGUUCUACAGAUAUUUGAGGCCAAAUGCCCAGGAGGUUUUGCAGGAGAAGCACACUCUCCUUGGGCAGUAAAGGAACAUCGGACGCUUCCCACCUCCCUUUGAUGUGUGUUUAAAAUGGCUGGGAAAUAAUUCCUCUGCAUAAGGCGUAUGGCAAAAAUCAGCUAUGGGAGGGAGCAGUUUGAAGCAAAGAAGGGGGAGGGGGGUUAAACCCUCUCCCUGCCAACCGCAUUCUGCCUCUAGUUUUCAUCCCUGAGCUGGUUUGCCCCCUGUUGGGUUCCAGGCACGUUCUUACUCCUGCAGAAAUGCUCCUGGAACCUUUCGGAAGGCAGGUAUUAGUUGAAGUGGGUCAGGAGUACUGUGUCCAGUUCUGGGCACCACAGUUCAAGAAGGAUACUGACAAGCUGGAACGUGUCCAGAAGAGGGCAACGAAAAUGGUCAAAGGCCUGGAAACGAUGCCUUAUGAGGAACGGCUUAAGGAGCUGGGUAUGUUUAGCCUGGAGAAGAGAAGGUUAAGGGGUGAUAUGAUAGCCAUGUUCAAAUAUAUAAAAGGAUGUCAUAUAGAGGAGGGAGAAAGGUUGUUUUCUGCUGCUCCAGAGAAGCGGACACGGAGCAAUGGAUUCAAACUACAAGAAAAAAGAUUCCACCUAAACAUUAGGAAGAACUUCCUCACAGUAAGAGCUGUUCAGCAGUGGAAUUUGUUACCAAGGAGUGUGGUGGAGUCUCCUUCUUUGGAGGUCUUUAAGCAGAGGCUUGACAGGCAUAUGUCAAGAAUGCUUUGAUGGUGUUUCCUGCUUGGCAGGGGGUUGGACUGGAUGGCCCUUGUGGUCUCUUCCAACUCUACGAUUCUAUGAUUCUCCAGGAAAGGGUUAAACAUCCUGUUUCCCCUCCCCUCCCCUUACUAAUGCAUUCCGACAUGAUCUCCCUCCUUGAGCUGCUUUGCACUAACAUAAGUGGCCAGCAGGUAUUAACAUGUAUUUAUGUGUAAUACGUAGUCCUGCCCUUGGUGGCAUCAGUGGAACUUUUUUGAGAAAAGGAAUAAUAAUUCAGAAGUUUUCCUACUUAGCCCCUGAAACCCCCCCCCCAAAAAAGGAUUCUUUUCUAGUGUGUUGUUGCUUGUUGGGGCUGAAAUCCUGAGCAUAUUUAACUGCCCCACCAAACUUUUGUGGAAUUUCCUCCUGGGUAAACUCACUUUAGACGUAUCGCCCUCUUUCUUUCUAGCUAACCCUUUAACAACUUUUCACUUCUAAAUUGCACUAGAUUGAUUGUGGAUAUUUUUUUAAGCUCCAGCCUUUUCUAUUCUUUUAUCAUUAUCUAUAUGCCAAAUAUUACAUGCACAGGAAAAUAACAGCAAUAAUUUAUAUAAAUAAUAAUUUUUUAUUCUUUUUUUGAAAGGAUUCUAAAAUGAACCAGCACAUGAAAACAAGCUCUGAAGGGUCUUUGUGGGCUUAACAGCACAAAACAGAUUUGCAACGAUGAUUGUAGCCUGUGGGCUGGAUCCAUGUUUAACUGUACUUGGAGAGUCCCAUUGAAAUCAAUGGUACAGUACUUCAUUGGGUCAGCUCUUAAGUAGGUCUAGGUCUGUGUCCAGCCCUGUACACCAGUGGUUCCCCCACUUUGGGGCGGCCACCUCUCCCUUGGUUCCAUAAACUCAACCCCAAUGACCCCCACCCUGUAAAAAGGAUUGUCCAGAAUAGCAGUUUGCGCAACCUGCUAAAGAAGAUAACUCAAAACAGUAAAAAUUGCACAUUUACCCAUAAUCCAGUUAAAAGUAUUUAGUUGAAUUAAUUCAUCAGAACUGAUGAACUUGAUCCAGUGAUACUAGCUCUUCAAUGAGGUAAAAAUAAUAAAAUUGUUAUUGCUAUCAGCCAUUUACACCUCCAGACACCUCCUUGCCUCUUAGCAUUCACCCCACUAGUAACCCUACUGUUCCCCAUGGUGUGUGUGUGUGUGUGUGUGUGUACACCGCCCACUUUGGGAACGACUGCUGUACACUCUUUAGUCCAAAUGUACAUUUCAUUCCAUUCUUGUUCAUGGUUUCAGUCUCUAGUGGAAACUAGAGGGUGGGGCACCUUUUUAAAAAGUGUGAGUCUGGGUUUUUUUUGGGGGGGGGGGUAUUUUAAGAACUCUUGGGAUCCAAGCAAGUGCAGCUCAGGAUUGCAAAAGCUGCCUUGCAUUUCUCUGGUUAAGGGUCGGACCUCUCUCCCACAAACAGGCAUGUGCAUCUCUUGAUGGUGGGCAACUGAAAGUGUGAACUGGCUUGUGUCGUGCGUGAGAUCGUGCGAAAUCUGAGGAGGGUCCUGCCCAUGCAAGAAUUUGCAACUAACCAGUGGUAAAAAGUGCAUGUCUGAGCCAGGACCUAGUGCCUGAAGUAGACACACCUUCGCAAGCUUAUGGAGUUGCCAACCAUCUUGUGUUUUAAGGGCGAUCCUGAAGGAAUUGCAUCACAGGGGGUUGGACUAAAUGACCCUCUAGGUCCCAAUUCCAUGAAUAUCCUGGCGUAUUAAACUUUGUGAUGUAAACAAGGGCCGCCCAGCAAAGUGCCCUUGUUUUGGCACAGGGUUGGCUGGUGUGUGUGACAUGCCUCCGAUUGCAACUGGAGUGACCUGUGUGAGAUUUAGCAAUUAUAGAAAUGUACUCUUGAUGGGAAGGACAACUUUAACGUAGUCUCUGAAAGCUGUGAACUGAGAGGGCCCCAGUUCAAGUCUUACCUCUACUGUGAAUUCAUUAGGCGCCCAUACACAAACCCCUUUCUCUGCCUCAGCACCCCUUUUGUAGAAUGGAGGGGAGGUGUGAUAAUAUCGGUCUAUUUUUCAGAGCUGUUGUAAGGAUUGCAGAGGUUAUGUAUGUGGUGUGCUUUGACAUCUUAGAAUGCAGAUA